UAGACACCUGUUGUCUUUCCUGGAGUUCCACAGCCCGCCGCGAGCUCCACUCCAGUUAUAAACUCCCUGCCCACUGCCUCAGCUCUUCCCUUCCACUCCAUUGUCGCAGAGGUUCUCAACUCCCUCUUUCUUCUUACUCCAUAUACGCAAUUGCAACUUCACAACCGCCACAAUGAAGUGCUCAACCAUCUGCGCCGCCUUCUUCGCCGCCGUCGUCGCGGCUUCUUCAGAUGUCCACCAGCUGAAGACAGACACAUUCAAGGAGUUCGUUCAGGAGAACGACCUUGUCCUCGCAGAGUUCUUCGCACCAUGGUGCGGUCACUGCAAGGCUCUUGCCCCCGAGUACGAGACCGCCGCCACAACCCUCAAGGAGAAGGACAUCAAGCUCGUCAAGGUCGACUGCACAGAGGAGCAGGACCUGUGCCAGGAGUACGGUGUUGAGGGUUACCCGACCCUGAAGGUUUUCCGUGGCCUCGACAAUAUCUCUCCUUACAGUGGACAGCGCAAGGCCGACUCUCUGAUAUCAUACAUGACCAAGCAGGCCCUACCUUCCGUCUCUGAGGUUACCAAGGAUACGCUUGAGGAGUUCAAGACCGCCGACAAAGUCGUCCUUGUCGCUUACUUCGCCGCCGACGACAAGGCCUCCAACGAGACCUUCAACUCGGUCGCCAACGGUCUCCGCGACAACUACCUCUUCGGUGCCACGAACGACGCCGCUCUCGCCAAGGCCGAGGGUGUCACGCAGCCCGGUCUCGUCCUCUACAAGUCUUUCGAUGACGGCAAGGACGUCUUCACCGAGAAGUUCGAAGCUGAGGCCAUCAAGUCUUUCGCUUCCGUCGCUGCCACUCCCCUCAUUGGCGAGGUCGGCCCCGAGACAUACGCUGGCUACAUGGCCGCUGGCAUUCCCCUCGCCUACAUCUUCGCUGAGACUCCCGAGGAGCGCGAGCAGCUCGCCAAGGACCUGAAGCCCCUCGCCGUCAAGCACAAGGGCGCCAUCAACUUCGCGACCAUCGACGCCACCGCUUUCGGCCAGCACGCUGGUAACCUCAACCUGAAGGCCGACGCAUGGCCCGCUUUCGCUAUUCAGCGCACCGACAAGAACGAGAAGUUCCCGUACGACCAGGACCUCAAGAUCAACGAGAAGGAUAUCGGCACCUUCGUCGAGGACUUCCUCGCUGGCAAGGUCGACCCCUCCAUCAAGUCCGAGCCCAUCCCCGAGUCCAAUGACGGCCCCGUUACUACCAUUGUCGCCAAGAACUACAAGGAAGUCGUGCUUGACAACGAUAAGGAUGUUCUUGUCGAGUUCUACGCUCCCUGGUGCGGUCACUGCAAGGCUCUUGCUCCUAAGUACGAGGAGCUCGGUGCUGCAUACGCGUCCUCUGAGCUCUCCAAGCUCGUGACCAUCGCCAAGGUCGAUGCCACCGCCAACGACGUCCCUGACGAGAUUCAGGGCUUCCCCACCAUCAAACUCUUUGCUGCCGGCAAGAAGGACUCUCCCAUCGACUACUCCGGCUCCCGCACCGUCGAGGACCUCGCCCAGUUCAUCAAGGAGAACGGCUCCCACAAGGUCGCUGGUGUCUUCGCUGAAGCCGCCGAUGCUGUUAAGGAGGAUGCUGAAGAGCUCGCUGAGCAGGCCAAGGCCGCCACCGAGUCUGGUAAGUCUGGUGCCGAGGAGGCCACAAAGUCCGCCAAGUCUGGCGCGUCUGAGGCUUCCAAGUCCGCCACAUCCGGUGCCUCUGAGGCCUCGAAGUCUGCUUCGUCAGGCGCUUCCGAGGCCACUGAGUCCGCCUCCAGCGCUGCUUCCGGUGCCGCCUCCGCAGCCAAGUCGGCUGCCUCUGGCGCCGCCGAGGCUGUCAAGAACGUCGCUGGCGUUGUCCUUGGUGACGACGAUGAGAUCCACGACGAGUUGUAGAUCGGCUUACGUCUCGUCAUUUGUCCCUUUUAGCGAUUGAUCUUGGUUUGACAUCCUGUACAACGUCUUUCUUGCACAAGACGGGCAUGGAUAAAAGCUUGUAACGAUUUACAUGGGUCAUGUGCAAGUACCUAUUUCCUUCUUUGGGUCAGGUUAGGAUAUCAUGGGUAGCUAUAUAGCUCAAUGGAGUUCCGGGUCGAAACGUUCAAA